AUGAAAAUGGGACUCUCGCAUUUGUUGUUGUUUAUAGCGAUAAUCCGUUUGAUAAGUGUUUCUACAAAAGCAGAAAAUGUUGAGUGCCCACAUAAAUGCGAUUGCCUGGAGCAGUACGUUGAUUGUUCGAAAAAGAAUUUCGUAGCUGUGCCAAAAAUUCCUAAGUGGGUGGAACGAUUGGAUCUCAGUUAUAAUAGAUUGAAUGAAAAUGUAACGGAAGCUUUCGACAAACUAUUGAAUUUACAAGAAUUAAAGCUGGACAAGAACUCUUUUCAGUUCAUACCAAAUUUAGUACACCAUGAAAAAUUACAAGAACUCAGUUUGAAUAGGAAUAACAUUGGAUCAAUAGACACAGGUACAUUUCCAGCUAAUAGUUCCAUCAGAAUAUUAAAUGUCAAUAGCAACCACAUUCAAUUCAUUCAGGAAGGAGCUUUAACAAAUUUGACCAAUUUAGAAGUCUUGAAACUAAACAGGAAUGAGAUAAAAUCACUUCCUAAUCACUUGUUUAGGCAUCAGACAAAUCUGAGAACUCUAGAAUUGAAUCACAACAAGUUACAUGUGAUAAGUCCACUGUUAUUUCAAGGGUUGUCUAAUCUGACUACACUCAAACUCAGGUUUAACAAUAUUGACAAUAUAAUGGAUGGUGCCUUUUUUGGAUUCAAAUCUAUGAAUUUGUUACAAUUGGACCAUAAUAGAAUAAGAAAUAUUUCUAAGGGAUGGAUGUAUGGAUUAGAGUCAUUGAUUACAUUAUCCUUGUCUAAUAAUUUGAUAUCAGAAAUCGACUCUGGAAGCUGGGAACUAUGUACAAAUCUGGAAGUUUUAGACCUUUCUCAUAACUAUUUAUUAGAAGUGGAAGGGAAAUCAUUUCAACACUUGAUCAAUCUACGUACACUCAACCUUGGUUACAACAAAAUUUCCUCAAUUUCUCAAGAUGCUUUUGGCUACAUGACCCAGUUACAAACCCUGCAAUUAAAUAACAAUAAGAUAUCAUGGACAGUAGAAGAUAUGUCUGGACCAUUUUCAAAGCUGCAGAAUUUGAAUUCCUUUAGUUUAGCUGCCAACCAUAUAAAAUCUAUUAACUCAAGAGCUUUUGAUGGGUUGUCCAAUCUAGUUGAAUUAGACUUGAAAGGAAAUAAUAUAACUUCUAUCCAACAGCAUGCUUUUGAUUCCAUGUCAAAACUAAGGAAAUUACAUUUGAAUUCUUCAUCAUUACUCUGUGAUUGCAAUUUACUAUGGAUAGUAAAAUGGAUAAAAGAUAAGGCUGAACAGAAGUAUGUCACAGCAAACUGUGCAUACCCAUCUGAUGUUCGAGGAGUGUCAGUUACUAAACUUAAGGAAGAUAACUGUGGGGAUUCACCAAAGCCAAAAGUUGUGGAACAUCCCAAAACUCAUCUUGCCAUAAAGGGACGGUCAGCUAACUUAGUGUGCUCUGCAACAUCCAUUCCAUUCAAUAAUAUGACGUUUUUGUGGAGAAAAAAUAAUGGAAAUGUUAGCAACCCUGUGGUGUAUGAAAAUAUUACAAUUGGAACUAAUGGUCAACCCAGAGCAACAUCUAUGUUGGUAAUUCCCAAUGUGACACAUGCUGAUUCUGGAAAAUAUCAAUGUGUUGUUAGUAAUAACUUUGGAACAACAUAUUCCACCAAGGCUAAGGUUAAUAUUGUCACUUUUCCACGGUUUACAAAAACUCCCACUAAUGUAACUGUAAAGACUGGUGAGACUGUGACACUUAAUUGUGCAGCCACAGGAGACCCACCACCAGAAAUAUCUUGGAAGAAAGAUGGAGGAAAUGAUUUUCCAGCUGCAAGAGAAAGAAGAAUGAAUGUUAUGCCAACUGAUCACUUAUUCUUCAUAGUAAAUGCAAAAACUACAGACAUGGGAAUAUACAGUUGUGCAGCUAAGAAUCCAGCUGGAACUCUUAUUGCAAAUGCUACACUUACAGUGUUGCAAGAACCAUCAUUUGUUAGAGUUAUGGAAAACAAAGAAGUGACAAGUGGUGAUUCUGUAGUUUUACAAUGUAUGAUAUCAGGAUCUCCAAAGCCUGUGAUUAAAUGGCUUAAAGAUGGAUCCCCAAUUGUUGCUACUGAGCGGCACUUCCUGACUGCAGAUGAUCAGCUUCUGAUUAUUAUUGGAUCAGAAUCUAGUGAUGCAGGUCGAUACGAGUGUGAGAUUACUAAUGAGUUAGGUACUAAGAAAGAUAUGACUGAGUUACGAGUGUUACCUCCAGUAGCCAUAAUGGUGAAUGAGGAAAAUAUGGCCGGUAUUAUAAUUAUUACAGUGGUGUGUUGUGCUGUAGGAACUUCUAUAAUUUGGGUGGUAAUAAUUUACCACACUCGUAGACGCAUGGCUAGUGCUGUGCAUACUUUUCCCGCCGAAAGUAUAAAAAUGACACAUGUAGUGCAUAGUGACAGUGAUUCACCUCAAAUGUUUUCAGACAAUAUAUCUGAGCACUCUUCGUGUAAAGAUAGUGGGACUGGUGACUCUGCCAAACAAACAAGCUUUGAUGGUGUGCCUACUGAUAGAAGUGAACAAGUGCAUUUUGAGACUGUACGUCAGAGCUAUUCUCCAGUGCCUGAGGCACACAAGCUACUUCCGUCUUCUUUUAAACCCUCAAUUCAAGUGUGUGUAAAUACAUCUGUUACACCAGCUACAUAUAGCUUUUCUAGUCACAGUGGUAAUGUUUAA